AUGGAAGAUAUAGGCCUUCCUACACUUAGGGAUCUUGAUUUACGGGGCGUUGAUGAUAUGGAGCCUGGUGAACUGGCUUGGUUAUCCCUUCUGAGGCUCGUGGGUCAGGAGUUGCGGACACUCUCUUUACCUGCAGCCAAACUGCAUAAAAUAUAUUUGCCGGAAGAGUUUUGGAGUAUUUGUCCCAAUUUGGAAGACGUGUUUUUUAAUGUGUGGCCAGCCGGUGCACCUCCUCCAGAAGGACAUCCGCUCCAUACAGUUGGUCUCGAUUACUUAUCGAUUCUAGAUAAAAGAUACCCAAAUGAUCGUGUCCUUGACUGGCCAGGUCUUCACAUCAUCCGCGUGGAUAUCGAGUGGGACUAUUGGAGGAAUCGGGGCUACUUUCUCAUGCCUCCUUUUCCACUUAGGUGGUUCAGCCCGAAUCACCGUGUGGAAGAUAGACACGGUGAUUCGUUUGAGGAAUACCUAUCGAGAGUUGAUUUAAGCAAGGACGUUGGGAGGUCAAAUGAAGGUGGGCCCUUCAAGUACUUCGCAUUGUCGGCUGUACAGAGAUACCUUCUCCAAGAAUAG